AUGGAUGAUAAUGAAGUUGAUCAACAUAAAGAUACUUGGAAAUUUAUAAAGAAACAUCUGAAUGAUAUGAAAGAGGGUGAGGACAUUACAUUUGACCAGUUGCUUGUAAAUCUUAAACUGACAAAACAAAACUAUUUGCUAGCUGUUCAAUCUAGUCUCAAGACACCAACUAUAUUCUUGAAAAGGAAACCGAAUGAACUAAGGAUCAAUAAUUAUAACGCUGCAUGUCUCAGUGCAUGGCGUGCAAAUAUGGAUAUUCAGUUUGUACUAGAUGUAUAUGCAUGUGCAAUAUACAUUGUAUCAUAUAUAUCCAAGGCUCAAAAAGGCAUGAGUGAGCUAUUGAGAACGGCUUGUGAAGAAGCAAAAAGGGGGAACUCCAGUAUUAAACAACAAGUGAGAGAUAUUGGAAAUAGGUUUUUGAACAAUGUUGAAAUAAGUGCACAAGAAGCAGUCUAUAUAGUACUUCAACUUCCAAUGAGGAAAUCUUCUCGUCAAGUAGUAUUUAUAAAUACUUCACCCCCUGAAGAUAGAGUUCAGUUACUAAAACCAUUGCAAGAAAUUAAUGAUUUGGAAGAUGAUUCUGAUGAAAUUUAUGCAUCUGGUCUAAUAAAGCGUUACACAAAACGACCAGCCAAACUUGAAAAUGUGUCCCUUGCAGAUUGGGCUGCAUGGUACGACUCCACUGGUAAGCCAUAUAUCAAACCAUCUCGUGAAUUAGAUAUUGAUAAUUAUCCACUUGAGACAAACUUGAGUGGUGAUGAUGAUAAUAAUGAGGAAGAAGAAAGUGAACAAAAGAAUAAAAAAAGAUCUAAAGCCCGAGUUAUUCGAAGUGUCUGUUUUAACAAGGAAGUUGAUUCUGAAAAGCAUUACCGUGAACUAAUCAUGUUAUUCACUUCAUGGAGGGAUGAAAUAACUGAUUUAUUAGGAAAUUGUGCUUCUUACCAAGAACACUAUUUUCAAGUUAAAA